AUGGUUGGAUUUUGGCGCCAACUCAACUUUUUAUUAUGGAAAUGUGUUCUGGUUAGGAGGAGACAGAAAUUCUGGUUGGCGGUCGAACUUAUUGUACCAUGUAUUCUCUUCAUUAUUAUCGCACUUGUAAGGACCAAGGAUUUUUCGGAAGGAAUGCCACAAUGUCACUACGACUCGAAAGGAAUGCUCUCUGCUGGCGUUCUCCCAUUCAUUCACUCGUUUUUCUGUUCAUUCUCGAAUCGAUGUAAUGCAAUUCCGACGAGUGGAGAUGAACGACAAUUUCUGUUCAAUGACGACGGAGAACACACGAGAAAUGAGUCAAUAAUCGUCGAUGCAAUCUACUACUCAUCCCUCCAACUCCGAUGGAUUGGAAAGAAUCCGAAAAAGUUUGAAGAUUUAACGAAAGGAGGUGCCGAGAUCAUUCAUUGGCUUGCUGGAAAACCACUGAAUACGACUGAAAUCAUUCGAAUCGGUGAUCUUUUCGAUGUUUCAAUCCGAGAGAAUCUUACGAAAGCAUUGAAUAAUACUGGACUUCAAUUAGAAACAGCUAGGAAACUGAUGAAUGCUCAAUUGGAAACAGGAGCCAUCGAAGUGUAUGAUGUGUUGAGAAAUGAGUUAUCAUGGACUGAUCUUCUCUUCUCGAAUCCAUUUUUUUGUGAUGAGAGAAUGUUCGAAAAAACGUUCUCUUUCGAAAAAGGACACGAGAUGACAAGUGAUGAGAGGGACGAGUUAUGCGAUGUCUUGACGUUGGCUGAGUUGAUGGAUUAUAAAGGAUAUAUUAGUGAGAUCACGAUUCCCACGGUCUCCCGAAUGCGUGCAACCACCUUCAUGACAUCAUUCCAAAAUCUGUUCGAACCAUCGAUAAUCUUUUUCCAAAAGUAUUCGAAUUAUACGACAGAACAAUUACUUUUGGCAUUAUUCUGUGGAGAAGAUCCGAGAGAUGUCAUCGAGCAGACGAUCAAUCCGAAUAACGACAAAAAUGUGGAGACGCCGUUCGAGAAAUUGAGGAAACAGGUCGUUAAAUUUAUUCAAACAGUGACACCUGGAAAAGAGCAAGAAAAAAACAGCACGUGCACCCCGAUACCGUAUCAUAAUGACAUGAAUUGCUCUUCCCUAGAGAGCCCAAUUCUGAUGAAAGUGAGAGCUGCACUCUCUGGUUAUAUUCUCGUGACUCCGGAUAAUCCGGCGACGAGAAGAGUUGUGGAGAGGUUGAACUUGCCUCUUCGAGAUGUGGAACAUAUUCGGAACUUGUUGUUCAACUACCCUUCGGACGCGUUGGAAUUCCAGGAUAGACUUCAUGCUUCGGAUUUGUGGCCGGCUAGUCAGAAACUGCUCCACUUCAUCACUGUUUACAAAGAUGGCCAGAAUCCACUGAACAACAAAACGAUCCGAUUCCUACUCGAACAUCUCUUCGCCCCGUCUUCAGAUGAAUACAGUUUCGGAAGUUUCACCAAGAAUAUCACAGAACUUGCCAACAAGUAUACAGGGUGCUUCCUUCUCGACCGUUUCCGAUUUGUGAGUGAUGAGAAGGAGCUGGAAACGAACGCCGUGUGUCUAAUGGAAUCCCAUCAAUAUUUCACUGGAAUCGUCUUCGAUAUGGAGUCGAAUGCAACGAAAUUUGAUGGUUUCACUACUUAUAAGAUCAGACACUAUCCGGAAAUGAUCGAUUCCACAACCAGCUUCAUGGAUAGCAAAAGCAACCCAUUCACCCGUGACAAACCGCUCAUCGAUCUGAAAUAUUUGACGUUUGGAUUCUCGUUUUUGCAAGAAGCCAUUGACCGAGCGAUCAUCAGUGAAAAAUCCAAUUUGCCAGAUGCGCAUCUAGGUGUCUAUUCUCAACAAGAACCGUUUCCAUGCACGGUGAAGGAUACAUUCAACGUGGCAAUUUUCAUGCCUCUUUUCCUUCUAAUCUCAUUCAUCUUCCCGUCGGCUCUACUCGUGAAAAAUAUUGUCUAUGAGAAGGAGCAGAAGAUUAAGGAACAAAUGCGAGCUAUGGGUCUUGGAGACGCCGUUCAUUUCGUCUCAUGGGCUUUGAUCUCACUGGUUCUCAACUUUGUCUCAGUACUUGUCAUAUCUAUAAUCUCAAAAGUCGCAAAAAUCUUCGACUACACAGACUACACACUUCUUCUUUUUGUACUCGUUUUGUUCUUGUUCGCAUCGAUAGCCAUGUCAUUGUUCUUCUCAACACUAUUCACUAAUGCUAAUAUUGCAACUGCUGCCACGUGUGUCCUCUGGUUCGUCUUCUUCAUACCAUUCCAACUUCUCAGAACCGAUCGUGUUACAUCGCCAACUUUCAAUCGGAUAGCGCUCCUUCUCCCACCAACCGCAAUGGGACAUUGCUUCAAACUACUCGAGUCAUUCAACGCAAUGGAACGUGCCUCGUGGUCGGAUCUCGGAGAAAUGAGCAACCCGGAUCUGGGUGUCUCUGUGGAGCUCUGUAUGGCUAUGCUACUUGUCGACACUGCCGUUUUCCUUAUCUUGGCAUGGUAUAUUUCUGCAGUGGCACCCGGAGAAUAUGGUGUCAGACAACCAUUGUAUUUCCCGUUCACUUUGAGAUAUUGGGCACCCGGAUUGUACAAAAAUCGAGUGGAAUUCAUUGAUGAUGAGCAUUUUGAUGUGAUACCGACAAGUGACUCAUUCGACUCGGAACCCACUAAUCUCAAUUUGACGGUUCACAUCAACUCGAUGAGUAAAGUGUAUGAAAAUGGAACGAAAGCGUUGGAUUGCCUAAAUUUGAGACUUUAUGAGGGACAAAUCACGGGGUUGCUGGGACAUAAUGGAGCUGGAAAGACUACUACGAUGUCUAUCCUCUGCGGACUGUACUCUCCGUCCUCCGGAACUGCUAAAAUCUACCAAAGAGACAUCCGAACGGAUCUUCGACGAGUCAGAGAUGUUCUUGGAAUAUGUCCACAACAUAAUGUUUUAUUCAGCCACCUAACCGUUGCCGAGCAACUCCGGCUCUUCGCCGCACUCAAAGGUGUCCCGGACAAUGAUCUGGAUUCUCAAGUGGAAGAGAUUUUGGCGAGUGUCUCGUUGACUGAAAAAGCGAAUAAGUUGGCCAGCACGUUGUCGGGAGGAAUGAAGCGAAGACUGUGUAUCGGAAUAGCGUUCAUCGGAGGGUCUCGAUUUGUGAUUCUCGAUGAGCCGACGGCUGGAGUGGAUGUGACGGCGAGAAAAGAUAUUUGGAAGUUAUUGCAGAGAAAUAAAGAAGGCCGCACAAUUCUUCUCUCCACUCAUCAUAUGGAUGAAGCUGAUGUUCUUUCUGAUCGAAUUGCUAUUCUCUCGCAAGGUCAAUGCAUCACAAUUGGAUCGUCAGUUUUCUUGAAACGAAGAUUCGGAAAUAAUAUGACACUGGCUAUGGUCAAGGAAGAUUCUCGAGUCGACUACACACGGAUCUCAUCAGAAAUUGUUGAAUUGGGAGGAGAUAUUGGGCUGGUAGUUGGAGAUGAGAAUGAGGAGGAGAUUGUGUUUAAAAUCCCAAUCCAAACUGAAUCCGACAAGUUAGAGAAGUUCUUCCACGAUCUCGAUGAGAAUUUGGAAAAAUAUCGACUAGGACAGUAUGGAAUUUCAGCACCAACUCUUCAGAAUAUCUUUGUCUCUCUUGCUCCUCAAAAAGAGUACCAUGUGCCGAAAGUUGUGAGAUGUGGAUGGUUUAGAAGGUUGAAGGAGAAGUUUUGUCAUACAAGACACGAGGAAGAGGAAAACGAUUUGAUUGCUCAGAAUCCGGUGAUGAUUGAGAAUAAUAUGCCGCAGAAUAAUGAACCAGAGGAAGUGAAAUUUGAAGAUUUCGAAAAACCAGACCUCCUCCACGGCAAACGUCUUGUCUUCCAACACUUCUUGGCUCUUCUCGUGUGUCGAAUGAACUACACUCUGAAAAGUAAACGAACCUUCUUAUUCCAAGUCAUCAUUCCUCUUGUCCUCCUGGCCGUGGCCGAACUUUUCGUCGUCCUCCAAGUCUCUUCAUCCCGUCCGGAUCUCAUGACGUCAAUGCCACCUCUUCCGAUGGAAACGAGUAUUCUCGGGAAUCAUAGUGAUUUCUAUGUGAAUUCUUGGGAUACUAUGGAUAACUCAACGGCCACCGACAUCCUCCAUUCGAUGUUUCAAUCGCCGGGAACUGGACCGAGAUGUGCGAGAGAUACGCCUUCGGAUUUAUUAGCCACAAUCCGUCGAGAGCUUCUAUUCCGUAAUCGAUAUGGUUGGGGAAGGAAUAUGCCGCCACCGGGAGUCAAAAAAGAUGCAGUGGAAAAUGAAUACCAAUGUCGGGAUAUUGAAGGAGAAUUUGACUACACUGAAGAUAUUUCCAAUGUCACAUACAAUGAACCUAUCUAUUGUGGAUGUGAGGAUUUCGGAUGGAAUUGCACUUUGGAAGACUGGCCGUGGAGAGAAACCCCCUGGCUCCGCCUCAACACCACCGACCGUAUCUUUGACCUAUCCGGAAAAAACCUGACUCAAUUCCGAAUGGUGACAAGAAACGCCGCAUUGUCCAAUGCCACUGCUCCGUUCUUCUUGGGCGGUUUCUCACUGGGACAUGUCAAUCAGAGAGCUCAAAGUCAAGCGGAUAUCGAUAUUUCGAAAAGUGGAUGGCUGGAAACUGUCAAGGAUAUAUCUGAGGCAAUUGUGAUAAUUAAUUUGAACGUGACUGGAAUGGAACCAUCAACACCGAAAGUUAAAGAUCCGUUUGCUGAGAAUAUAACGACGACGAAAGUGAUCGAUGAUCUACUCCAGAAUCUGGAUGUGAAACAAAAUGUGAAAGUGUGGUUCAAUAAUAAGAUAUGGCCAGGUCUACCGAUCACUUCGAAUAUCUUGUCCAAUGCAUUGUUACGUAUGGAGGAUGAGAAUAUUGCUCCUGAAGACCUUGGAAUCCUCACGAUGAAUCACCCGAUGAACAAGACAAUCUCUCAGACAUUGGAUCAGAAUGCGUUAAGAUUCACCCAGACACUGGCCUUGUUCCGUAUCACUUGCCUCCUCCUAGUCCUCUCAAUGAUCCCUGCUGGAUUCACUGUCUACUUGGUUGAAGACAGAAUUUGUGAAGCAUUUCAUCUGCAAAUCGUUGGAGGACUCAGAAAAUUGACAUACUGGGUGACAAGUUAUCUUUAUGAUUUGACCGUGUACACAUGCGUGAUUCUCAUCAUAAUGUUGAUCUACAUCUGCUUCCGAGUCACUGAUUUCACCGCAGAUGGGGCCACUUUCUUCUCGUUCCUUUUGUUGUUUUUCAUGCAUGGAAUGUCUGCAAUUCUCUAUGCAUAUGUAUUCCAAAAGAUGUUUUCUGUCCCUGCUCUCUCGUUCGUUCUCAUCGCAAUCGGAUCGUAUUUUGUGGGAAUCGUCUGCGCGUUGACGGUUAUCAUGCUGGAGACUCUUAUGGUUCAGGACCCCACUCUAGUCCCUGCCCACAACAUCUGUGCGAUCGUUUUCUUGGUUCUCCCUCAGUACAAUUUAGGAAUCGCUAUCUUCCGAGGACUCAUGAUCUACCAAGUUCGGAAGAUUGGAUCCAACUUUUUGGAACAAAUCAACCGUCCCGAUAUGAUCGAUCAGCUACCACUUCCGGCUCUUUUGUCAAUUGAUCAGAUGGGAAUUCAUGUGAUGUGUCUUGGUCUUCAUGUGAUUCUCGCGACGAUUUGUUUGAUUUUGUCGCAGAUGGAUGAAUUUGGAUUUGUGAGAAAACGAGAACGCGUUCUGACGAACGGAAUGAUGCUCCGUGAGCCAACUCACGAAGAAGACGAAGACGUCGUCAAAGAGAAGAAUCGUGUCGACGCAAUCCCAUCUGAUGGAUCCAACAACCACGCUCUCGUUGUCAGAAAUCUCGCCAAGGCCUACAAUCCGGAACUCCUCGUCGUCAAGGGUAUCUCUUUUGCCGUCGAACCGGGAGAGUGUUUCGGGUUACUGGGACUCAAUGGUGCUGGAAAAACGACGACUUUUUCGAUGCUCACUGCGAAGAUUCGACCGGGACACGGAUCGAUUGAAAUGCAGGAUACAAGAAUCAACACUGGUUCAUUCUCGGAUGUCCGAAAUUUCCAACAACUUGGUUACUGUCCACAAUUCGAUGCGUUGAACAUGAAGUUAUCAACAAGGGAGAAUCUGAAAUUCUAUGCGAGAAUACGUGGAAUUGUGCCAACGCAAAUUGAUUCGAUCGUCGACCGUCUCCUAAUCGCCCUCCACCUUCGUCCCUACGCCAACACCCAAACAUCCAGUCUCUCCGGUGGAAACCGUCGAAAACUGUCGGUCGCCGUGGCCCUUGUCAGUCAACCAUCUCUUAUAUUCCUCGAUGAACCCUCUGCUGGAAUGGAUCCAGGCUCUCAACAAUUCCUUUGGAAAGUCAUCGAAAGACUGUGCAAAUCUGGGAAAGCAGUCGUUCUGACAUCUCAUUCGAUGGAGGAAUGCGAGGCAUUGUGCACUCGAAUCGCCAUUAUGGAUAGAGGAAGAAUUCGAUGUUUGGGAGGGAAACAACAUUUGAAAUCAAAGUUUGGAAAGGGUUCAAUGUUGACGAUGAAGAUGGGAAAAGACGAGAAUUCGAGAGAAAUCGCGGGCAUUUUGAAAGCGAAGUUGGGAGAGGGAUCGAGGAUCGAAGCUGUUCAUUGUUCCACUAUAUUUAUUCAUAUCGAGCAGGGAGCGGCCAGUGUUGCUCGUGUUUUGGAGAUUGUUAAUCAGAUCAAAAAGAUGUAUGACGUAGAUGACUUCACUCUAUCCCAAUCGACACUUGACAAUGUGUUCCAAUCAAUAGCUGAAAGUGAUGCAUCCUCAUCCUCGUCCUCAUCGUCUAUACCUGAUAUCUCCCCGAGUGCAACUCUCACAAUUAAUCGAAAUAAUACGGGAUCCACAUAUGUGAUUGCAUCCGAUCAAUAG